AUGCCUGUCUUUUCGAUACCUAUAGUGCUGCUACGCCUAUGGACUUCUCAACACGUUGUGAACAAAUGGCAUAAAGACGACACCUUGGUCGUUAUCGCUACAAUCCUUAAUCUAUGCCAAUCAGCUCUGGUUUGCAUCUCAGCUCGGCUCGGAAGUGGAGAUCAUAUCUUCAACGUUUCACCAAAAGAAUUCAGCCUGUUGCUCGAUUUAAGCAAGUGGGCAGGUGUUCCCCUAUAUGCUCUGAGCACACUCGUCAUCAAAGCCGCAAUCCUGCUCUUCUAUUUACGGUUCUCCGUGGAUAGAUCCUUUGAAUUCUGCACGUAUACCGUGCUAUUAGUUGUUGUUGUCUACUGUUUGGCUCAGUGUAUCGGACAUAUGGCCAUCGAUUGUUACAAACCCACUGACUCAGGCUGCCAACCGCUCGCCAUUCUGUUUAUUGCUUGCGCUGCGUGUAAUGUAGCAACCGAUCUCGCCAUUCUAUUCCUUCCAAUUUGGAUCCUGCGCCCUAUGAAGGUCCCUACGGGACGGAAGGUUGGGAUUGCUUUGAUCUUGAUGGCGGGAGGCUUUGUAUCUGCCGUCAGUAUUGUCCGUUUGAUAUCAACUAUAUACGUCAAGACUGAGGAUCUUACCUACGAAUGGGGAAAUAGCAUUAAAUGGAGGUAA